AUGCAGUUCGCAUCGCCGGGGGUGAGGAACGUCGCCCGAAAGGGUUCCAACAUCCUCAUCCAUGGGCAUGGCGGACCUGGCGGAAGCACGUCCAAUACAAACGCGUCCAGAUCUAUCCAUUUGAAUAACAUUCUAAAUCCUUUGCAUUCACCGCACUUAACACUCCCGGGCCUAAAUUUUGCUCGCAACCCGUCACACAAGUUAUUCUCUGCGUCAAGAAACGCUCUCCAGAAAUUUUUUUCCCUUCUUACCGCACCAGGAUUCAGAGCGCCAGUCCAAUUUACUGGCCCAGUUUCGCGUGGAACCUCUCGUUCUUUGCAUAAUGCUAUCCGUGGAUCCACCAUACAAAGUGGACUCUCGCUUCCGGCCCGUCAAGCUCUCAGGAAUAAUGCUCUUCAACGGCAAGCCAAUAUUUUUCUACCCCGUGCUCCCAACCUGGGACCCCCUCGGUUUGGAGGUGUUGCUCAGGUCGGCCUGGGGACUGCCAGAAAUUUUAGUUCCGCUCGCCCUAUAUUCCAGCAGUUGGCAGAGAAUGUCCCGGUUGCUGGAAGGGCACUCUACGAGAUUGAUUGGGAUGUUGAGAUGAGGAAAAAUUAUGAGGGUAUGCUCCUCCUUGUUGAAAACGAGGUCAAGAAACCCCUUAAGACCAAGGAGAUGAUUAAGCCGGUGUGCAAAAAGGCUAAAAUGACGCAGCCUUUGGUUGAAUCGAACGGCCAUGUAUCCACGGAAGACUUGGAUUAUUACUUUCCCCAUGCUUCAACUUGUGCGGUCACAACUUAUCUCUUGAUUCCUUUGGCACCCACUCCUACUCUGCGUGCACCAUUACCUCCAAACCCUACAUCCUCUUCGGAUUUGGGGGGAUGGGAACCAACCCUACUGCCACCACUGUCUUAUCUCGGAAAUGUUCACGCGUCUCAUUCCACGCAUGCGAUACGGGUGUCGAGCUUAUUCAGUCGCUUAGAUCAAGCGAAUGUGUGGAAUCGCGGAGUGAAGUGCACUGCAUAUUCCCAUGGACAGGUGCAUCGCAGGAGAGAUCCCAAGUCGAACGACGUAGAGUCUGAUGAAGGAGUAUGCACUUUUUUGAAGGUCGAAUUUCUAGGCUGGACAAAAGCUGAAGUGAGGAGUGUGAUUGGUGAAAGUGGGAGCGGGUGGUGUACAUUGGAGGAGGUUAUUUCGGACGAGCAGUUUGAAGAAGACGAUUCGAUAUCUGAUACCGACUCACUCUCAUCAGGCCUUCUAGAAGAUGGACCUUCAUUCGUCCCUCCUGUCAUAACUGAUGAUGAAUUCGGUUCCACAUUCGACCUCUCUCAAUCCUUUGUGUUGCCCACCAUCGAUUUCUCGCCAACAUCGACGUUGCCGAUUGGUAGAUCGCAAUCCAUGGAAAGCAUUCUCUCGACAAUCCCAUCCGAGAUGGAAGCCGAUCCAUGGGCCGACGAAUAUUCUACUGCAUCCAGUUCGUCGAUAUGCUCUGACUUUGAGGAUCUAAUUGUAGAACCUCCGUCUGCCAAUGGGUGGUUUGAUUCUGCUCCAAUUUUCAGCCCCGCUGUGCUUUCCCACUCUAGAAAUCGCUACCAGGUCAGUAUGGAGAGUGGGCCGCAAGAGGGGAUGUUUUACUGA